UAUAAAGCACUUACUGCUCAGAUAAAGUAAAAAAGUGAGUGUGAACGCUUUUUUUGAAAGACAGUUUAGCCGGUAGUCUCUUAAUGGCAUCAGGAAGCGCGUUCCAGAGUCGUGAAGAAUGUAGGAGAAAAGAGUUUGAAGCGUAAUCAGUACGGUGAGAGGUGAGAAAUAGUUGGAAAGUAUUAUUGGAACGAAGGUUACGAUUGUGAGUUUCAGAUAGAUACUGGAAUUUACUGUUAAGUAGUUCUAUUCCAAGUGAAUUCAUCACGAUGAGCUAACUGCAUAAUUGCUAGCAAUGGGGCUAUUAAUUCCCAUUAUUGACAAUCCUUUCUCCCUCCACCGUCAGGGUGUUUGCCGUUCAAAGUCUUACAAAAAACAACCCACAAAAAAUUAAUGUCGUGAUUUUUACUAAGCAGUAAUAAUGCGUAACAGAAUAGGUCGUCGAGUCCGUUAAUAAUAUUCUGUAAGCAGUUCAUAAAUCGGGUGUCCAUCUUCCUUAACGGUUCAGUCAGUCGGCGACAGGUCAGUGAAGUGUUCGACAUGAAGUACUUUGUAUUGAUAACUCUCCUCAUUAUUGUACACACCACAACAGCUACCAUAGACAUCGAGAAGUUAAGAGAAAAUGCUGCUGCGAAGGUGCAAACAUUACAAGACCAAACAGCUGCAACUCUACAGAAAGUGACAGACAGUAUCGACUUUGGGAAAAUACUACAAAUAGUGGUCCCGAUAGUGCAACAGCAGCAAAAAAUCUUCCAGCAGUACCAGGACCAGUUGGGAAACAUCCCAGCUGUUAUACAAUCGCAAGGGGAGAAAUUGAGGGGCUAUUAUCAGAAAUUGCACGGCCUCACCGGUAGGGAUUUAGUUCUGGCCUUUCACACCGGCGUACCGUGGCCGGCGUGGAGAAGAAUGGAUGAUGAAUGAAUGAAGUCACCUAGUACCUACAAUAUUUUUAGUAUUAAUUUAUACGAAGAAAGACUAAUUUAAAUGUAACAAAUUUAAUCUUUUACUCGAUACCCGUUUUUUGUCCGAUACGUAUGCGUAGAUUUAUAUAUAUUUAUGUAGAAAAAUCAAUAAAAUAGGUGUGUAAAAUCAAAUAUUACAGAUUUGAAGUUUCAGGAACGUCAAAAACAUUUUCAAUUUGGUGCAGUAAAUUCGUGACACCGGAACAAACAUACCUACAGACAGACAGAAUUAAAAAAAAAAUUGGCAUCUAUUAUUUUUGUCAAGACCCCUCAUUUAUCGCAGUACAGUAAGAUAUUUUAAUGUGGUCAAACUAUGGUCUAAGUACUCAGGAUUUUAAACCGGAAUGAAGUAUUUAUAACAUGUUAGUUGCUGGUGAUAUAAGUUUUUUUUAUAUCUUAGAUAGGUAUAUAGGCUCGCGACCCACCUAAUGGAUAGUGGGAAUGGAUUUUUGAAAACAAUUGUGUUACAUUCACAGAUAAAUAAUUUAUCUUUGUGCAAUGUGACAAUGGUUCAUAUUUAGAAAUCAAUUUAUUAAAUCGUGGUAACUCGGCUUUAAAUGUAAAUAUUUUUGUGAUAGUUUAGAUUACUUGUUAUAUUAUAGAACAUAAGUUAAUAAAAUAAUUUCUUAUCGA